AUGCCGAAGGAGAAACCAGUGCCAAGCAACAGGACCAGAGUGUCACCAUACCCGCUUCGCUCUACAAGGACUCAAAAAGAACCUAUCGAAGCACAAGCGCCAAGCCAAUGGGAGGAUGUACUGUGUGUGAUCUGCCAAGAAGCGCCACACAAUGCCAUACUCCUGCGCUGCUCUUCAUCCUCUACUGGAUGCCGUGCUUACAUGUGCGACACGAGUGUUCGUCACUCCAACUGUUUCAAGCAGUACCGCAAGAAAAACAUGAAUCGUGUAACCAAGGUCUUGAACUGUCCUUACUGUAGAGGAGAGGUUCAUGAGGCGAUGAAGGUGCAAUCGGAAGGAAGGAGAGCUCUGAAUGCUAAACCGAGAUCUUGCGCUUUCGAGAACUGCAACUUAUCGGGGACAUACUCUCAACUUAAGAAUCACUUGAAAGCUGACCACCCCCGUUCCACCCGACCCUUGGUUGACCAGGGGAGAGUGCGGGCAUGGGAACAAAUGCAAAGAGAUACUGAGCACAAUGAUAUCAUGACUGCAGCUGGUCUCCCGACUGGCUUGGAGGUUUUCCAUGAACAGCUUCCCGAUGUUCCUCCCCGUCUAGUGAUUUUUCUCUGGUCAAUGGAGUGGUGCAAGGUAUAUUGCAUCAUCAGCUUCCCAAUACACUUCCGUAUAGUUUCGUGA